AUGGGAGCCUCCAAAGACGAACCCUUUGGGACUACCGCCAUUCCUACUUCCUUGGCUGGAGGAGUCCCUGUAGAAAUCUCUGUAGACACGUCUACCUUUGAAGAAGCUCAGCAACCGCAAACCCAACAAAUUGCCGUUUACGAAGCCAAACGAAAUGACGAAUGCAUCAACGGUUCCUUGUUAGAUGUCAAUCAACACUUUGUAGUCUAUGCUGUCAAGAAUGGACUGAUUCGAGUCUUGCACCGUCAUUCGGCGAUGAAAGCACUAUUGAGAGGACAUCACAACAGCCAAGUCACUGACAUUCGCUUCUUUUUGGAUGGAGAUGUCUUGGGGACUGUAGGAAGUGAUGGGACCACUUCCAAGUUAAUUGUCUGGAGGGUCUUUGAACAAUCCUCUGAAAUCAUGAGCGAAAAACUCUUGGAAAUCUCAACCGAUGACUUCACCAUCAGUCGGCUUUUGUGGCAUCCCUUUAACCCCAAUCUUUUUUGUAUGUUUCAAACGACUGGCAAGGGACUCCAAGCAGCCACUCUGGUCGAGACUACUCGUAUUCAAACUACAAUGGAUGAAACAGAAUCUCAUGCUGUGUGCAGAUUUCAUUCGCCCUAUUGUGUCAUGGAUGGAGCUGUGCAACUCUUGUAUCCAGAUUCCAACAUUGCCGAUUUGGCUUGGAGUGGCCGGGAUCCUCGUCAUAUUUUGACUGUUCACGAGGGGGGGGCCAUUAUUCUCUGGGACUUGAAGGCGGGCAUGCACCAUGAUCGCCGCGAAAAUGGAGGUCACUUUACCAUUCCCACCAAAGUGGCCAUUUUGGAAGAGGAAACUUCGCCAUCCAAGUGCUGCUUUUUGCCACAUGAGAAUUCCGUUUCGAAACAAGACCAGGCGGAUACUCUCACUACUUGCUUUGUGACAGCCAGCGAAAAUAAUAGCGUGAUUACCUUGUGGAGCUCCUUUACUUCCAGCGCACUCCCCACCAAGUUGCAAGUCAUUCGCUUGCAAAAUCCUUCGCCGUCCUAUGUCAUGGACUUGUGCUUUGGUCCGGCACCACAAGAUGCCAGUCCGCCUUCUUGCUUUUUGCUCUUGGCGGACCGUUACAACGGCAAACUAUUGGCAGUCCACGUUCAAGCCCAAUGGAACGCCAACAAAAAGGCCUUGUGUGUCGGGGCCGACUACAUUGUUCCCUUUGCCUUGAAACAUCCCAUCUAUAGUUGGUCUGUGGUCUGCAGUCCCACUCAAGACAUUUCAGAGGAAGAGAUUCAAGAACAGGCAGGGCUCAUUUUUGACAUGAAGUUGUUCAGUUAUCAAGCCAAGGUGGUCCAAUGCUUGACUUUGACAAGCUACAUGUGUUUGCCACCCGCAGCAGGAUACAAGGAUUCGACACCCGGAAUCUUGGUCAAGCCGUUGGGUGGUGCGAAGCUAGCCUCAGCCGCUGGAUCGGUGGAACCCGAGUAUGACGAGGAAUACGAUGUCGAAGAUGAGGACGAUGACGAUGAACCAGAGGCACCUGAACCCAGUGCUUUGCCCACUCCUGCAGCGGUUUCUACGAAUCCAUUUGCCAAUUGGUUGGGGGCCAUUGCUGGUGUAGCACCUUCUCCUGCACCUGCACCAGAGCCAACACCAGUAGCACCCAAAGCACCGCCCUCUGGAUUGCCACCUGGUCUGGCACCUCCUGGUAUGCCUGCUAGAACUCAAACUCAACCAGAACCAUCAGCGCCACCUGCCGAACUAUUGAAUCCAUUGGAAUUGUUGACCAAGCAAUCGCCCGCUUCCGCAACCCAAGCAGCUCCAGCUCCAACACCGUCCAAGGGCAAACCCAAAAAGCCCCGCAGCAAAUCGCCAAAGGGGAGGAACAGGAAAAAGGACACAAGCGCACCACCUUUUGAUGGCAAGAUUUCCAUUCUAAAGCGGGAUGUCACUCCUCCACCUCCAACUGCAAUGCCUCCGGUUGUCAUGCCACCUUCAGACCCAGCCAUUAUUGGAAUCGAUCCAGGCAUUAUUGGAAUCGAUCCCGCCAUUAUCGGAAGCGAACCCAUUCCUGCGAGCUCCGAGUUGGAAAAGGCUUUGGGGGUUUCUACCUCUGCACCUUUGCCAGCCACUAGCGGAGUCAAUUUGGAUGAGAUUACCAAGGUUGUGGAAGAUGUAUUGGCCGCCCAAUUGGAACCAACUGUCCAAAGGGUGGUCCAAGAAUCCAUGGCUUCUUUUGGCCGUCCCUUGCAAGCGUCCAUGGACAAUUUAGGGAAGAAGGGUGUUUCGGUCAAUAAGAAAGACCUCGAGGCGGCCUUGAAUGUGGAGGCUCCUCUAAAAUCUGCCAUGGCUGAUACCAUUCGUAGUGUUUUUAUUCCCGCUGUCGAAUCCAUUACAGCGCAAGUCUUGGAACAAGUCAUCAAGACUGCGACUCCGCCACCGCCCCCACCUCCAUCAACGGAUAAUGCCAAGACAAUGGAAAUGAUGGUAAACCAAUUGGCAGCCAUGAAUGCCAAGAUGGAUGGUAUGGCCCAGGAAAUCGCUACACUCAAGACAGCUUCGACCAGAAAUGCUGGACCAGCAGCACCACCCAUGCCACAGCCUCCGAUGCCUCCACCACCGCAAAUGGACCCAAACGAAAUGGCACGCAACGAAAUUGUAAUGUCACUACGGCAACAACAAUACGAGGCUGCCUUUACGAGAGCACUGAGUACUAAAACUCCCGAAAUGGCUGUCUUUUGCUGCAACCGUGCCGACAUGGGUAUUGUUAUGGCAGGAAAUCCACCUGUCUUGUCGCAGACUGUAAUGCUCAUUUUGAUGCAAAACUUGGGCGCCGCCUUGAACUCUCCCAACAACAACGAAAUGGACGUCCAAACCGAACUGACCUGGUUGCAAGAAUGUGCCUUGACGCUGGAUCCAAGCGAUCCUAGCAUUCAACGUCAUGCGCCAUCUGUCUUGCAACAGUUGGUGGCUAGUAUUAAUCAACGAACCUCAAGAGGGGAACCGCACCUACGAAGACCACUUCAGAUGUUGUUGCAAGUGAUUCGUGGGAUGCAGAUGGGAUAA